AUGGCUGAGAAAACCAACCAGGCCUAUCCCUUGGCACCGGCAAAUGGUUACCAGAGAGGUGAUGCAGAGUCUUUGCAAUCAGCCGAUGAGCUCAAACGCAAGAAGAGAAUCAAGUUGGCCAUUUAUGUCGGUGUUUUCAUUGUAUUUCAGAUCAUUGUCAUAACUGUGAUCAGUCUCACUGUCAUGAAAGUUAAGACCCCUAAGGUCAGGCUAGGCAACAUCAACGUCCAAGAACUCAACUCCGUCCCAGGCGCGGCUGUUGGGCAAGUAGUUAUUCCAAAGAGCAAGGCUGGAAUGCUUUCCACCAAAAAAAUGAACGCGGAUGUGAGCUUGAGUUCGAGUGCAUUAAGCGGUUCCAAUCUUGGCAGUGAAUUGAGCAGCGGGGUGUUGACUCUCAACAGCGCGGCUAAGUUGACAGGAAAGGUUGAACUUAUGUUGAUAAUGAAGAAGAAGAAAUCUUCCACCAUGGAUUGUACCAUUGCAUUUGAUUUGUCAUCAAAGACGCUCAAAAGUUUGCAGUGCAAGUGA